AGUGUGGGAAUAUCUCGAGUUAAGUUUUUUUAAGUCGAUUUUAAAAUUUAAAAAAGUGGCUCAUUCAUUCAGUAAGAAGUUCUCGUUCGUUGCUGUUACUAAUUCCGGUUAGUCGCUCGUGCUCACCGAAUAUAUUUUGUUUUGUUUAUUUAUUGAGUUGGAGUAUUUGAAGAGUGUUGGCUAAAAUUUGAAAUUUCGUUUGGCAUUCCCAUUGGAUUAUCGUCAUAAGAAGUUUAUUCGUGUCAUCACCGUUAAUUGAUGAAUUUUUGAGAAUCGUUAGAAAAAGAAGAAGCGCUGAGAGCGUCAAAAGAAACAUAUUUUUUUGUAUUUUGUUUACAAAGUGAAGAAAUAUUUAGCUGAACAAAUUCAGUGAUUUUCUCAAGUGAUUUGAUGAAUCUCGUGGACAAUGCGCUACAGGAAAUGAGUUUAGUUCUCGGUUAAAUGAAAAGAAAGAUUUAUUGAAAACAAAAGAAAACAAAAGACGAAAAUACAAAAGACUUUUCUUUACAUCGGCAUUGCUACCAAGUGAAAACGUUUCACUCUAAUCAGACGACACCGACGUCGGUAUUUUUCGAUCUCACUUCUAAAAAACAUCCCACAACAUAAUGGGAAGCAGCGGGUAUACUUGCAUAAGACGAACGUUUUGCUGUCUAAAUGUUUUAGUCAUGUUAUGUGGUGGUCUCUUCCUUGCGAUGGGACUUUGGCUGCAUUUAUCUAAUCAAGGCUACGCAACAUUCUAUCCUAACCAUCUUGGAUUGUCAGCAGCUCCACUUUUUAUGUUGAUAGGCGGAAUGAGCAUUUUGAUAUCAUUCUUUGGUUGUUGCGGUUCUUUCUUUGAAUCACGCUGUUGUUUGGUUAUUGUGAGUCAUCCGGCCGUUGAGUAUUUUGCACUCAUCAUAUUUUUGUUUUUGAGUGAGUUCAUCGUUGGUGCUUUGGUGUUUGUCUUCCAUAGUGGAAUUUCAAGAGCUAUUACAAUGGACAUUAAAGAUGGCAUUGUUAAGCACUAUAAUUCUACUGAUCGUGGUGGAAUGAUUGCACCAUCAGUGUCAGCAAUCUGGGAUAAAGUUCAACGAGAACUUCAAUGUUGUGGAGUUAAAUCAUAUGAAGAUUGGUUUUACAUCGAGAACUGGCCAAAUCAAAAAUGGGUUCCAAAAUCAUGUUGUCGGCCUCGGCACUCAUUGUCGCCAGAUCUUUACGAGGGAUCAGGUUAUGAAGUUGAAGACGAUUGUAGGAAGAAACAACGACCAGAUCUUUGGUGGAAUCACGGAUGUGCCAAAGCUCUUCAAAAUCUGCUUGUUCAGAAGCUUCACGUUGUUGGAAUAGCUGCGAUUGUCAUAGCAUUUUUCCAGCUAUUCGGUCUAAUAAUCAGUAUGUUGCUUUUCUGCACGAUAAAACAUAAAAAAAAAUCUGACACUUACAAGUCAUACUCGCCAACAUCGGAUAAUCGACAAUCUUAUUUAGAUGAUUGAGCCAUGUGAUUCUAAUUCCGACAUCGGAUCAUAAAAGUCGUGUUUGUGCCCAAAGAUUCUUCUUUCUUUACACUUUGAAUAUAUAAAAAUACCUAAAUUAAGAAACACUUUCUACUUCUCGAUUUCUUCACAAAAGAAGAAGAAAAAAUAUAAAAAAGAAAUCAAUUUGUGCCAAUGAGAUAAUCAAAUAAUUUUAGGAUGUUGAUCAAAAGAAAUGACGAAGGAGAAAAACAUAAACUGUAGUUAAGUUACAUAUUAUGAAUGAUGAAUCACAUUACAAUUCAAUUAGAAUUAAUGCUUGUUUUGGAGCCAAAUGAAAGCCAUAAGCAAUAACAAUUUCUGCUGAUAUCAUUUGGAAUAUUGCGCAUACAAAUCAAUCAAAUAUGUUUCCAUAGAAAUAAAUAAGACAAAUAAAUCUCAAACCUCUUGAACCGAAUGAAAGGGAAGUUGAAACUACAAACAGUAAUCAGACAAAAAUUUAUGCAAUUUCCUAUAAAUAAACAUUCCAAAUAAACAAAAUUAAGUAUUUAUGUAUCUUGAUAUCUUUCUCGAUGCUCCAACAAAUGCCCCUGGUUUUGAUUAAAGCAAAUUAUAUAUAAAAAAAGUUCAUGCGCUGAUUAGAAUUAUUUUUAAAGCAAUUAAUUUGUGAAAUUAUACAAGAAAAGAAGAAAAAAACUGAUAAGAAAAUGAAGUGACAAUUAAAUUGUAAUUUAUUUUAAAUAAAGAGAAAUCAAAUAAACGAGAAUAAAGUU